UGGGUUUGUAUGGGGCCGUGUAUGACCGGGUGUGGAUUCAUUUUCUCAUGCCAGCGGUGUUUGUGGGAACGCGUUAUAGACAUUGUAUGCCUCGCCCUUCACUUCGUCUCACGGGCGUUUACCUAUUUUGCGCUCUUCCCGCUCCUUGCCAAUAUGAUUCACAUGUCGUUAUUAACAGCUUUAGAUGUUAGAAGCUUCGUCCUGGGAUAACCGACCUCAUGACUCGAGCCACCCGUGGAUCUUCAAUUAUUUACACAUGCGGAGGAACUCCGUUUUGUGUUCUUAUUGCUCAUACCUCCGUGUCCUUGGCCUAGGAAGGUCGAAGUUAUCGCUGAGGGCUUCAUUCAGUCCCUCACGGCCUAGCUUCGUGAUCAUCACUGGAAAUUCGAUCACUAACAAUACCAGCAACAUAUCUAGACCAAGUCGGGAUCGAUGGCACACUCCUCCAAUGAGAUGCCACAAGCUACGCCAGAUUUUGCUGCUCAAUCCAACGUUUUGACAGCAGUGGAUUCUCUAAAGUCGCGAUUUAUGCGUGAGUGGUCUAGGGAUCCUUCGGUAGAAGAGGCUGUUUUGUGGAAUAAUGCCAAUAAGGACCUAAUAUGUUGGAAUUGUGCUCAGUUGAAGGUCGAAUGCGCUCCGGCCACCUCCGAGUCUUUGCCAUGUACGAGGUGCAUCAUGCUCAAAUCUCAGCAAAUAUGUACAAGAGUUAUCGAAGAGCGACGUGCUCGGGUGAAAAGAAUCAUGAAUUUGGACGAAGACACCUUCAUUGCGUUGAAAACGACCUGCUUUCAGAGUACUCGUCCUUCGCCACACUUCCAAACCUACUCCUCAGAUAUCGUUAGCUCUCCCCGUAAUGGUGUGGUCAUCGUUUCCCCAGAAACAGAAAUAUCAAGAUUAUCGAGUCCUAACCUCGCAAAUUACAACAUUAGACAACGCUCCUACUCGACGCCAAGUAUUCAAAUAGAUACCCAGCCUGGCGUCCCUCCAAACGUGGCUUCCUCACCCUCUUCGUCGACCUCCCUGUCGACCACUCCUCGCCGCAUGUCCACUCCGGAGGUCAUUGAUCUCACUGGUGAUUUCGACACGACCGUCUUCCCCUCUCAGGCUAAACCCCAAUCUUCCCGUCAGCAGACGGUAUCCUCGGCUAGAAAUUAUCCAGCUGGUCACAGCGGCCUCAGUCAAAGCUGCCCUGCAACAAGUACUUCCCAUUUCCGCCAGCCUUCGUAUCAACCUGGAUCUCCUUUUGGCGUCUUUGCAUCAGGUCAUGCAUCACUACCUAAUAUUCGACAUAGCGUCCCGAAUAGUGAGCACUCAGUGCAUUCACCAGACCGUAGAAGUAGCUUCGAAACCGAAUUGUCCUCCGCCUCUCCCCGAUAUUUCCUUCCUUCCCCACCUACUUCAGCCCCUGCCGCCCCCAUGGUAUCGGGUUUCUCUUCUACCUCUCUUCUACCGCCUCCGUCUACCGCUCCUGUUAUGAACAUUCCAUCAAAUUCACUACAUUCAUCCUUCACCUCGCCUGCAGAUGUGAGGACUUCCACUCUCAGAUACGAAGGAAGUACGUCAACCAAAGAGGCCAUCAUUAACGCAGUUCAGGGAGAGGUCGCGAAAAUUCGAGAAGUCACUUGGAUGGUCGCACAGAGGAAUCAACAGAUGCGCUCAAUCAGUGAACAUUAUGAACGAAGUGGUAUCCUCAUAAAGCAGGAGGUCCCACAACUGGGUACCGACUUUGGGGGUGGAACCACAAGUGCAAGUGCUGGAGAAACAAUAGCCCGUUUACAAGACGAGCUUGACACGUCUCGGCAUCUCAAUCAGAGACUUAUGCAACGUAACGACGAAUUGAGGUGUAUGCAACGGGAAACAGACGAGCUACGCCAUGCCUACAGAGACCUUUUACAGAGGAAUGAGUCGUUGCAGCGGCAACAGAAGAAGGAUAAUCCAGUGCGGAUGAUGAGGCACUUGCACGUGUCCUCUCCCGACUGUGAAGUCAGAAGUAGAGAUGGGGUCGAAUCCCCAUCCGAUACAGUUGGGCAAGGUCAACGUUCGGAACUUGACUUUACGUUGAGUCUGCUAAAUAUGACUAAAGAAGAGUUGAACAACAUGAUGGCAAUGGGGACAACUUUACAAAGAACGACUGGACUUAAGGACAUUGAAAACGGUUGAAGGUCUUCCAUUUUUCUCCCUCUUUCGGUGUACUCACCUCCUCCCUCUCUACAUACAGUCACUGUGUCUCACCAUAUUCGUCGCAUCAUCGCUGAGCAUACCAACCUCCAGUUACUGAUUCGUCGUCUCACAAAAACACGAAGUGAUUACUCUUCUGAAAGAAUUGGGAGAGCUAACAUGUUGGAAUUGUGCGACGAGCUGGAGAAACAACUAAGCCAGAUGGCUCAAAGAAUGUUAGAAGGCUUACCGAAUGGGUUUGAGGGCAUUAUGGGAGCCCUGAGGAAUGAGAAUGAGGGUGGUGUCGAAACCAAUGGUCCCGUCUCAGGCAGUGACGGUUCACCAACUAGCCCCGGCGCUCGUGGACCAUUGAGCCCCAGUAGCGCCAGCACUCUCAGUAGUCCGGAUGCGAGAACAGGACUGAAGAGGAGAAGGAUCGGUGAGAUUGAAGCAGAUUUUGAUUGACAACUAUAGGUUUUUACGUCCGACGAGACUCCGAUACUUUGUAAUCGGGGAUCGACAAGGAAGUAAUAUGUUCUUCCCUGCUUCUCGAACACUGUCCAGGCUCAGAAGAAUAUCACGUUUAGUUCAAUUUACAUUACACUCGACGUUUUAUGCGUCAGCUAUGACAGUUUUCUAUUCGCCACCAGUUGACCACCGAUUACCCGUACCGUAGUCAUUGAUGUCGACGUAUACAUUGUGGUGCUCACAUAAUAAUACACGUUAUCAGCGACGGAUGCC